GUGUAUCUAUACUUGACUUUGACUAGCUUUUGACGUGAUGUCAUUUCGGUGUAACAUGACAGCAAAUAGGACCCAGCAGAGCUCUCCGGCGAACCUCACCUGUCCCCAAACGCACUUUUACUUUUCCACCUGAAGUCGCCUGCAGAAUCCCGACAUCUGUCAGACUUAAAGAUAACGGCAUGUUUCCAGUAUUGCUCUGCAGUUUGUUGCUCCUGCACGGCUCGCUCGGUGAGAUCGUGUUCCGCUGCCCGAGCUGCACCGCGGAGCGCCAGGCGGCGUGUCCCAAGCUCACCACCUCUUGCGAGAUUGUCAGGGAACCGGGUUGCGGUUGCUGUCCUGUUUGCGCCCGGCAGAAGGGCGAGCAGUGCGGCGUCUACACGCCGAGAUGCGGGAGCGGUUUGAGGUGUUACCCGAGCGCGAAUUCAGAGUUACCGCUGGAGCAGCUGAUACAGGGACUCGGACGAUGCGAGAACAAAGUGGACCUGGAGCCCACCAUGACCAACCAGGAGUCAGGACACAGUGGAGAAUUAAAUGGCACGCGGUCCCCUCCAGUAAAAAAGCCUGGCAAAGAAAACAGCUACCAGCACAUCAAGGAAAUAGCUGUGAAGCAGCAUCUCAACAACAAGAGGACCAGAAUGUACAACCCCCAGGAUGAUCCCAAAACACCUCACCCCAGACAGAGUCAGUGUCAACAGGAGCUGGACAGAGUGUUGGAGAACAUCUCCCGAAUGACGUUCCAUGACAACAAGGGACCUUUGGAAAAUCUUUAUGACCUGAAGUUCCCCAACUGUGACAAGACAGGACAGUACAACCUUAAGCAGUGCAACAUGUCCAGCCACGGACAGAGGGGCGAGUGCUGGUGCGUCAACCCCUACACUGGUGUCCAGAUACCCUCGUCCCCCAAAGUGAGGGGGGACCCCAACUGCAGCCAGUACUACGGCGGUCCCGAGCUGGAACCGCCCACCAUCCAGCAGAAAUAGACGAGAAAAGGGAGACGCCCCGGGUCGCAAACGAGGAGAGUUAAAGCGAGUGCGAGAGCGAUGUGCAUGUGUGUAAUUCUGUACGUGUAUGUGUAUGUAUAUUUUCGCAAUAGUAUGAUCUGUAUUGUCGAUAGGAGUGUGGAAAGUCACAUGCCAGCAAAGACAAGCAAGUCAAAGACAGGUAGUUAAACCUCCCCCAUCUCAAAUCCAGAUAACCAUACUCCAAAUUUAACUCUGAGUGAUUGUUUUUUUCUGCCUAUUUAUAGGCUUGUCCGGUGCCUUUUAAUCUUGUGACUGAAUCUGGUUGCAGGGAGACGCUUAUACAGCACUUGCAGCUGUUCGGUGUGAAGAUGUGUCCCUUUAAUUCUCCCUUUUGUCUUUGGAGACCUAAUAAAAACGGUGGCGCGUUUUUUUGCACCAUUGGUUGCCAUAAACAAACAGCAACUGAAAACGCACAACGGCAGCUUGACAUAGAUUUAAAAGUCAAUCCCAAAUUUUUGAAACCAAAAAUUUUGAUAUAGAAAGCCGAGAGGUUGUGUUUUUUUGGAUGAUUGUGCAAGAGGGGCUGGAAAUGUGCUUUUUGGCCAUUUUGACUACUUGAGUACCCGACAGAUUAAUCAGCCAUGAGUACUCAAGUGUUUGUAGAUAGGCAUCUUUUCCGCAUGAGUGCUGCAUUUAAGACCAUGCAUUCAAAACAUUUUUAAAAUGUGUGUCUAAAACACUGCUUUUGUUUCCACUGAGUUGCUUUGGGCUGAAAGUCGCCACAUACGUGAGUUGCAAUACGGUGUCACCGCAAAUUGCCACCAGUUGGAGUGCAAGGUACGAAAGGCCCAAAAUGUCAAACAAUCACUAAAUAAAAUAACGAGGCCCCUUUUUUGGCACAUAUUACUGAUCUUCAAUCAGCAUCCUAUGUUUUGAAGUUCAGGUGUGUUUUUACGAUCGAUGAUUGCUGUCGUUUCCAAGUACUCAAGUUCUGGCCAUCCCAGUUCUUGGCGGAUGAUAGACCUCUGUUCUUGUGCUGCUUUUCUACCAUGUGGUAGAAUGCAGGUGGUGUAUGUGUGUGUUUGUAGAGUGGGGAUCAGCGUUUACUAAUGAUGUGCUGACAGAGGGCUAGAUUAGGACACAGGGCUGACAUUGACAAAUGUGAUAUAAAGUGGGUUAAGUGCCUAUAAAUAAACACAGGUUUGCCUGCAGUGCCAGUGGGCUGUGCCUCACCUUGCUUCACUCUCAUCUGCAGAGGGAUGUGUUGGGGGUUGGCAAGGGUGAUUUUGCCCAGUGUAAUGGUUGAAUGGGGUUAGCUGAAGAGUCCUGUGAAGGAAUGUGAAGUGGUGCAUGGGUUUAGUAAGCUUGUUUAACCAAUGCUUGUACCAUUUUUCCCCUACAUUCAAUGUAUUCCUUAAACAAUCCAAUGCAACAGAAUCGUCUAAAAUAAAAAAAUAACAAAAAAAAACAAAAAUAAAUAAAGAAAAACAUUUGACGGUACUACUGGCUUAAAAUUGGCUCAGUUGGUCAUAAAGAUCCAAAAGAAAACUGCAAACAAUAAAGUAACAUACAGUGGGAUCCAAAAUGUGAACCUGGUAUUCAAAAUCUAAUUUAAACCUAGAAAUAAAAUAAGGUUUUAGGAUUCUGAACAUUUUUAAACAGGAAAAAAAAAUCAAAUUCUGUAAUAUCUAGAUCACUAAUCAGUAAGUAAAUUUGUCAAGUUAGGGGUCAGAAAGAUUGUUCUAUUUUUGUCAUGGAAAAUAUAAAGUGCCCCAUUAUGUCAUUUUUAGGGUUUUUAAUAUUGUUUUGGGAGUCUCCUAUAUUAGGUUUACUCAAAAUAUGCAUUUAAUAUCAUCUCAUUUUCCAGCGAUUCUCAAACAAUUUGUUUGAAGCAGUUCUAAGAUUCAGUCUCACUAAACCACUCCUUUCUGAGAGCCUACUCUGCUCUGAUCUGAGUCUGUUUUUAAACAGGAAAAAAAAUCAAAUUCUGUAAUAUCUAGAUCACUAAUCAGUAAGUAAAUUUGUCAAGUUAGGGGUCAGAAAGAUUGUUCUAUUUUUGUCAUAGAAAAUGUAAAGUGCCCCUAUUAUGUCAUUUUUAGGGUUUUUAAUAUUGUUUUGGGAGUCUCCUAUAUUAGGUUUACUCAAAAUAUGCAUUUAAUAUCAUCUCAUUUUCCAGCGAUUCUCAAACAAUUUGUUUGAAGCAGUUCUAAGAUUCAGUCUCUCUAAACCACUCCUUUCUGUGAGCCUACUCUGCUCUGAUCUGAGUCUGUGUUGUGUUUUUUUUUUUUUUUUUUUUUUUUUUUUUUAAUGGUUUCAGAGGAUCUGUGCAAGAGGGGCUGGAGAUGUUCUUGCCCAUUUUGACUACUUGAGUACCCGACAGAUUAAUCAACCAUGAGUACUCAAGUGUUUGUAGAUAUGUAUCAAACCGGCAUGUUUACUGCAUGAGUGCUGCAUGUUUAAGAUCAUGCAUUCAAAACAUUUUCAAAAUGUGUCUCUAAAACACUGUUUUUGUUACUGUACUCUGAUUGGUCAGAUGGUCCAGUCUGUUGUGAUCGGUCUCCCACAUACAGCACAUCUCAGAAACGAUAUGCUCAUUGCCAUACUUCUGUAUUUUGAACGCUUGAUAGAAAAUAUAAACAUCUAUCAUUUAUCAUACUUACGGGUUGUAAUUUAGUGGAGCCAGCUGGUCUAAAUAACCUGGGUACUGAGCCAUCUUUCAUAAGCAAGAGUUUUGUGAAUCUUGCAAUGAACUCCUCGAGAUUAGAGAUGUAGUCGGCAGUUAAAUGACUUGUUUGAGGGCGGGUCAAGUUGUUUGUGGCUGGCCAACGUAGAACAUAGGUGCAUGUUAUGCAAAUGUGCUACCCAGUGAUGUGCAGCGGUCACAGAAGUUGAAUUCGAAUUACUUACAACUUGUUUAUGCUGUUUAAAGCCAAUUCUGAUUCUUUCUUUUGGGAGACAAUAAUUUAUCGUGCACUUUUGGUUUUACAACUUUGUAGAUAGUUUGCAUUCACAUACACCCUUAUGAAAAUUAACCAUGGUUUUUCUACAAAUAAAACCAAAAAAAACACGGUUGCUAUAAUUAAGCUAUGAUAACUACAGAUUAACAGUGGUUUUGCUACUAACCAUAGUUUAACAAUUUGCAGUAAAACUGUUGUUAUACAAAUGGUCACCAAAAGUACACCAAAAAAAAACAUGGUUUCUACACUUUUCCUAUAGAAAAACUAUGGUUAAUUUUCGUUGGAAAUGGCAUAAUAGAGGCACUUUAAAAAACAGAAUUCUAUAUCCUUGCUUAAUAAAAAUAUCAGUUUCUUAAAAAAAAAAAAAAAAUCUUACUGACCCCAAAAUGAUGCAAAAUAGAAGCAUUCUAGUGUCUAAAUAGAUGUGACCAGUGGGAUUUAUUGGGUUAACUUACAACUAAAGCUCUGUCAGCAGGUGUAAUGUCCUGUUCACAUGGACACACAGCGGUUUUACCGCUGAAUGCCCCCAGAUCAAUGUACUUUUGGAUUGUGCUGUUAGUGUUCCUACUAUGCUAUGCUCUGACGUCAUUGGUGGCCUGUGUAAAAGCUUCUGAAAAUCUGAUGACAAAUUUGACAAGGAUCCAGGUGCUGCUUAUAAAUUAAACUUUUGAAAUUCUAAUUUCUGUAUUUUCAGUGUAGCCUUUUGGAAGCCACUGUAUGUGACCUUAUUGCCAUAUCAUUGGAAGCUGGCAUCACUGUCAGGGAGAACAACAAUCAGUGGUUGUUAAAGGGCGGCAGAUGUAACAUUGAUUAAGUUAUAUUUUCAUUCACAACCCAUAUCUCUUACUCUUUAUAUCUCUUCCCCAUCUGUCUCUCCCUUCCUCUCCCUCUCUGCGAGCGUUGAAUUGAACAGCUCAAUCCAGAAAUAGAAGUCGAUUAAGCUUUAACAUUGAUCCUAACGUGUUAGACAGUGUUCAGCCCAGCAUUUGCUUUUGUAGCUUAGCCUUUAUGAUAUAUUACCACAUUAACCUUCAGUAUCUUUCACAGCAUUACCACAUCUCGCUCGCCCUUAGUAGUAGCUUUUAUGUAUUUACUUUAUUUAGUUAGUGCCAUGCUAACUACCGCAACAGACUGGCUCUCCGAGAUCAUGCAGUCUCGUGUGAUUUUUGGUGCCUCACGGAUAGAUUUGCUGAGACACGGGCUACGAGUUUUCCGUUUCGGUUUGUUUCCAAAAUAGAUCGCUGCCUGCCCUCCGGUGGCACAGUAAAUUUUACGGUAGCUCGAGUUUGGCCUAGUUUGAAAACAGUGCGAAACCAAUCCCUGUGGUUUUCGGGCAUAUUGAUUUGCCAGAGCGGUUCCAAUGGGAUGGAAGUGUUCACGUAUGCGUGUGUGUGUGUUUGUGUGUGUGUGUUUGUGUGUACUUGUGCGAACGUUUCGAUGCUGUGCCAUGCCUGGAGCCAGUGUGACGGUGGGAAGGAUUGCUUGCCAUCUGGUGCAGUGUAAAACUGUCAGAGCCGGUCUCUGCUUUCGGAGAGUCUCACACAAAUGACAGGGGGAAUUUCUUGAGCAAAUCCAAACGCCUUGUGCCAUGCCAGCAUCUCACAUGCCGCCUUUUUUUCUGUAAUUCAUUGCGUAUCCUGUGUGUCACGAGAUGCGGUGGUAUUAAAUAACAUACAUUACUCAAAGCAUGCUCCUUGUGUCCACUUGUCAUGCGAAUGGUGCAUGAACUGAGUUUUCUGUACAACUGCAAUGGAAAAAGCCAUAAAUGCAUGCAAAAAUAGACAUUGGUUUUAAAAUCUUGUAAUAAAAUCCAGCAUGAUUAAAUGUAUUACCUUUCAGACCCAUGA